AUUGUAUUAAAGAUAUCAUUAAUUGGUAGUUACAUACAAAUAUAAUUAUUGUUACAAAAUAUCUCCAUGCAGGCAUAUCAUUAUUAUGAAUGGCAUUGGUGCAUGCGUAUAGUAUCUUUUUUAAUUUAAUUUGACAGGUUUAUUUGGCAGCGUAAACAUCGUAUAUAAAAUGAGGGUAAAAGGUAAAUACGAUCGAUACAACAAGCUAACUAGGUAGGAACAAUUUUAUACAUUUUCAUAUCAUUUGAAGUCGAACAAGAUAACUAAUCGCAUUGGUGAAUGAAAAUGGAACCUGCGAAUUGGGCAAGGCGUUGUUGUUUGGGUAUUGGUGCAUGGGUUGUAGGGGGCAUAGUGGUUGCCUCCCAGGUGUGGGACAUAUGGAAUGCCUUUGGAUUUUUUCUUCCAAAAGAACAUAUACAUCUGCUGGAUUUGAUCUUUAUGGGAUUCUGCAUCACUCUUUUUGCGAUGCCAAUUAGUGUAGUAAUUAUUGCACUAAAAUAUCGGGCAUUUGGCCGUAACAGGUUUCCUUUGACGUCCUUGCUUUCCGCACUUGUAUUCUGGUCUCUUAAUAACGAGCCAAAUCGCUUGGAAUGGCUUCGAGUGCACUGUCUUCUUGCGGUGGAUUUAUUUUUGCAGGCCCUCGGGUUCCUCUGGUUUGCGGUUAAAUACUUACACGCAUCUCACCAUCUCACGAUCAUUGUUGUAUCCAUUUUAUCCCCACUUGCACUCAUACUGCUUUGUUAUUCUAUCGCCAUCAUCACAUAUUUGCAUAAACAAUCGCCACCCAUCGUCGAAGCUAUGUAAUUAAUUUGUACGCAAGCUAGCAAAUAAUGGAGCCUAUUUAUACGAGGGGCGGAGGCAGGGCCGGACUGGACCGAUACAAAGAAUAUUUUUAGAGAAAAAUUUACACGAAAUUUUUUACCUUAAAAAUUAAGCCUUUUUUAAAAUUUGGGAUGGGCCAUGGCCUAGGUUGGCCCACCCCUAGCUCCUCCC